AAUGUGACGGUCCUGUCUGCACUCUUAUCAGUGCAUGUGUCACACUCUGGCUGAACAGUUGACAGAGCAGGUGUAAGUGACACAGAGAGCAACAGUAGUCAGCAAUAUGUCUGUGAUAGAGUCAAAGACGGAGCUCUUCACCGUGGCUGGGACUGACACUGGGGACUCAGGGGCAGGUUCAGGGGUAGUCAACUCCAGGAAAAUAGUCACCACCUUUGAGAGAUAUAUCCAGCCGUGCUUAGCUGAGGUGUUAGGAUGCACUCUCUUCAUCUUCGUGGGAUGCGGGUCUGUUAUUGAGAAUGCCGGCGUUCCGGGGAGCAUCCAGCCUGCUCUGGCUCAUGGGCUGGCGCUGGCGAUUGUUAUCGCUGUACUGGGAGAGAUCAGUGGUGGCCACUUCAACCCAGCUGUGUCUGUGAGUGUGUGCGUCAGUGGAGGACUGGACGUCAUCCUACUGGGGCCGUAUAUACUCUCACAGAUAGUGGGGGGGGUGACUGGGGCUGGCUUGGCAAAGGAGUAUCAAGUGGUGAAGGGGGUCUCAGCAGGGUCAGGCAGCCAGGGAAGACCAGUCUGUGACGGAGCUGAGGCAGUUUACUCCAUCAUCAACUAUGACAGUGCAGCAGGGGGAGCGUUCAACGUGGUUAAAACCAGCGGCAACAUCGGCAGUGCCGCUGUAGCAGAGAUGGUCAUGACCCUCUUCCUGUCCCUUGUGGUCUGUAUGGGGGCCGUCAACGGCAGGACCCGUACCCCACUGGCCCCACUUUGCAUUGGGCUCACUGUGACUGCUAACAUACUGGCUGGCGGGUCAGUAUCUGGAGGGUGUAUGAACCCAGCGCGGGCGUUUGGCCCUGCAGUGAUGGCUAACUACUGGGAGUACCACUGGAUCUACUGGGUGGGACCGGUUGCAGGGGCCCUUAUCACUGGCAGCUUGGUCAGGUUGUUGUUUGGAGACCAGAAGACACGGCUUGUUCUGAAGUAAAAGUGUUAUCUUGGAGACAUGGGGCAUUGUCUUCCAAAAUAUUGUACUUCCCUUUAUAGCUUGCAGAACUUUUGUAUUUCACAUCUUGUCGUACACGUCAUAUUGUUUUGAACUGUACUGUAUAACAAAAACAAUCUGCAUAAGUACAGUACAUUCAAACCUAUGGUCACGUCUGGCCAUUCAAUCCGUCAAUCAUUGUUUAUGUUUGGUUCAAAGUUCUUUAAUGGAAAACAUGAAUCGUUUUUACUAUUUUAUUACACUAUAGGUGGUGUAAUAACUUUUUGAACUCAACAGACGCAUUGAACUCACUGACUGAUAAAAUAAAUUCAAAAUCAUACUUCAA